GUGAAUGGAUGGUGACCGUGGAGGGAGGAGAAAGGCCGCUGUUACCUAACUAAAUCAGGAAAAAAAAAACUGCCACCAGUCCUACUGAAGGAUUAGCUUCUUGUGCUGUACUGUGAGUGAACCAAGAAUAACAAGGAUUACAGUCACUGCAGUGGCCGGCGUAUCAAUCUACACCUCGCGUCAACACAGGCUGACAGCUGGUUUCGAUUUAAGGCAUAUGGCGAGACCAUGGCUCUUCCUUCAGCGAUGGUAUUACCACUGCUGAUUGUUUUCGCGGCAGGGAUAUACUACAUCUACAAUGAGGUCAUGCAUUACAUGGCCAAGUCUUUAGUACGGAACAAGGUGGUGGUGAUUACAGAUGCCGUGUCUGGUGUGGGAAAUGAGUGUGCUCAUCUCUUCCAUAAAGGCGGAGCCAGGCUUAUCCUGUGUGGAGCCAACUGGGAUAAACUGGAGUCUCUGUACGACUCUUUGACAAAUGAUGCCGACCCCAGCGAGACAUUUGCUCCCAAAUUAGUAAUCCUGGACUUUAGUGACAUGGAGAGCAUGGAGGACGUGAUGGCUGAAGUUGUGGACUGUUACGGGUGUGUGGACGUGUUAAUUCUGAACAGCAGCAUGAAAGUCAAGGCUCCGGUGCAGAGUGUGUCCCUGGAACUAGACAGAAACAUAAUGGACAUCAACUACUUUGGGCCAACAACCUUGACCAAAGGAAUUCUUCCUACCAUGAUUCCGAGAAGAUCAGGACAAUUUAUUUUGGUCAACAGCAUCCAAGGGCGACUGGCCAUUCCCUUCAGAAGUUCCUAUGCUGCUUCUAAGCAUGCAGUACAGGCUUUCUUUGACUCCCUCCGGGCUGAAGUGGAGGAGUACGGUAUCACCGUGAGCACUGUCAGUCACACUUUCAUCGAUGCCAAUGUUACUCCAUCAUCCGAGAAGCCUGACUCCAAAGCGAACAGCCUGACUACAUUUGUUGCCAGCCAUCUGACCCACGGGGUGCAUCCUACAGUCCUGGCCAAUGAGAUUAUGCGAACGGUUAACAGGAAGAGGAAGGAGGUUGUGUUGGCCCACCCCAUCCCCAGGGUGGCAGUCUAUCUCCGAGCUGUCCUACCCUCGUUCCUAUUUGCUGUACUGGGUGCUGGAGUGAAGGACUCCAUCUUGGCUGAGCAGAUGCAGUAAUUGAAGGCAGAAGAAAACAAAACAAAAAAACAAUCAACAAAUGAUUGUUUUUGUUUGUUUGGCUAAAUUUUAAGUUGAUUAUGAUUACUGGAAAGGCUAAAGAGAUGCUGAACUGAGCACUCUACUCUCUGCUGAACUAUUAUUAAAAACUGAUAUUUGCAAUAUAUACGAUGUACAUUUGUUGGGUCACCAGUUGAAGUAUAAUAUUUUUAGGGCUGUCAAAAUUAUCGCCCUAACGGGCGGUAAUUAAUUUUUUAAAUUAAUCACGUUAAAAUAUUUGACGCAAUUAACGCACAUGCCCCGCUCAAACAGAUUAAAAUGACAGUACAGUGUAAUCUCCACUUGUAACUUGUGUUUUUUAGAGUAUUGUGCAAAAAAAAAAAGCAUUUUCAGGCAUAUCUUCUACCCAUUUUGUUUUAUAUGACUGUCGUCAAGCCUGCUCCUUCACCAAAAGCAGUGUUCAAACUAGGAGCAAACGCAAGUUGCACCGCUACCGUAGCACCCUGUCUCUCUCUCUCUUUUCUGAUGUAUUUGCUUCAUGAAUUUCGAUUUGGGAGACUUGACAGUUCGGACCGCCGCUACAUUCUGGAAAAAUGUGGCCCAGAUCAGAUUUAAAUCACAUACGAAAGUGACCCAGAUCAGAUUUGAAAUGGUCCACUUCUAUGCAACUUGUCAAAUACAGACCUUCAAGUUAAUCCCUCACUCGAAUUGGAAAAACACGAAAAAAAUAGGAUUCGUGCGUCAAGACCUGUGGUAUGAACCUAGCCUUUUUUCCACUCUCUUUAAAGUGACUUAAUUCUGGAGCAUCAGCUGGGUUUCUCACUUUACGCAUAGAUGAGUACAGGAAUAAAUGGUUAAAAGAAUCAUAUACUGUGAUUUCUGGAUUUUGUUGUUGUUGAGAUUGUCUCUCACAGUGGACAAGCACCUACCAUGAAAAUUUCAAACCUGGCCAUCAUUUCUAAG